AAAUCAUCGAGUUGUAAGAACCUUGGAUUCGGAAGAUCAUAAGGCUGCCCAAUAAAAACAUUCACAAGAAGCCUUUGACCAAGAAGGCAAAUAGAGGCUGCCCCUUUGACCAAGAAGGCAGAUAGGGGCAGACGUGCAGCCUUUAGAAUAUCCAAGGCCUGCUUGGAAGAUAUCAGACCUUAGAAAGAUGUGGCUGAUUUAGUAAUCUGCUCUGCUCUGUGACAGCUCCUUGCAAGCAGCCACACUCUCGACCCCCAAUGAAACGAAAUGCUUUUAUUCAUCAACAGAUACUUGAGGAGGCCAUCGAAUGAUAUUGGAAGGAGACGAAACGAAGGGCAACUCGAAGAAGAAGGGGAGAAGAAGAUGGAGAUGCUGUCCCUUUGCGCCGGGGAGAGCUCACAUGCUUGCGACCAAGGCUGUUUUGCAGCAGCUUUCCAAAGCCUGAUGGAGCCUGGCAAUCCCAAGCAGCGGACGGCGACGACCACCACCACCACAACCAGGAUCUCCAGAUCCAAUUUCGCCAAGUCCACCGCUUCAUCUCUGUUCCCGAACACCCACUUCACCAACCAUGAGUCCCUCCCUCCCCUGCCUGAUGCCUUCUCCAGCUUCUCGGCAGCAUAUCCGCAGUACACCGAGACCCAGAGAGCAGACCACAUCAGAGACAGAGAGUACCAUCACCUCAUGAAUCAUGUCUGCCUGGAUUACACCGGGUUCAACCUCUUCUCCCAUGCGCAAAUGCACUCCUCCGCGGCGUCCUCGUCCUCCGACCCUCCGCCCUCGGCCCUCCUGCAGCCCCCUUUCUUCAACAUCUCUUACAAGUCGGCCAGCCUGAAGUCUCAUCUGCAGUACGGCAACCAAGGGAUGGCCCUGGAAUCUGCAAUCAGAAGGAGAAUCAUGGAUGUCCUCAACAUAUCAGAUGAGGAAUACUCUAUGGUCUGUGCUGCCAAUAGGACUACUGCCUUCAGGCUUUUGGCAGAAUCUUACCCGUUUCACACCAACAAGAGGCUGCUCACUGUGUAUGACUAUGAGAGCGAGGCAGUUGGUGCAAUGGCAGAAAGCGCCCAGAAGAAAGGAGCAAAACUCAUAUCUGCCAGCUUUUCCUGGCCAGGCUUGAGGAUUUACUCGGCCAGAUUGAGGAAGAAGGUGAGCAAGAGAAGGAAGAAAAGGCGAGGCCUGUUCGUCUUCCCACUCCAAUCCAGGAUGACCGGGGCCAGGUAUCCUUAUCUAUGGAUGGCCCUGGCUCAGGAGAAUGGCUGGCAUGUGGCGCUUGAUGCAUGCGCAUUAGGCCCCAAGGACAUGGACACCCUGGGACUCUCUUUGAUCAAGCCGGACUUUGUCAUCUGCUCCUUCUUCAAAGUAUUUGGCGAAAACCCGUCCGGGUUUGCCAGCCUUUUCAUCAAGAAGUCCAGCGGUGCAGUCUUGGAGACGUCGGCGAUUGCCAAGAGCAUUGGGGUUGUGAGCAUCGUCCCAGCAAGAAGCCUGUCUCAAUUGCCAGAUGAUUGCUCUGGUACUGACUUGGAGGCCCAAUCUUCUAAGUUCCAAUUGGAAGAGGAUGAUGCAGAGACCACCAGUUCAUUCUCUGGUCCAAUACCUACCCGCAUCUGCAAUGGUUCUUCUCUUGCAGAUAAUGGAAUAGAAGAUGGUAACUCUGUUCGGGUGGAGAGGACUAAAGCAAACAGGGAAGUAGAUAAGAGCAUGGAGAUUGAAUGCAGAGGAUUAGACCAUGCAGACUCUUUAGGCCUGAUACUCAUCAGUAGCAGACUGAGAUGCAUCACUAAUUGGUUGGUUAUCGCACUGAUGAAGCUCCUGCAUCCUCACUCAGAAAAUGGUCAUGCUUUAGUUAGGAUUUAUGGGCCACGAAUAAAAUUUGACAGGGGUCCUGCGUUAGCAUUCAAUGUGUUUGACUGGAAAGGAGAAAAGGUGGAGCCUGCACUUGUCCAGAAGCUAGCUGAUAGAAGCAACAUUUCUCUUAGCUGUGGGUUCAUACACAACAUCUGGUUCUCGGAUAAAUAUGAAGCAGAGAAGGAUGCAGUCUUGGAAAGAAAGGUCAGUGAAACAACAGUAGCCAAUAGAAGGAAAGAGAGCAUUGAUCUUGGAUAAAAUGUUGUGAAUGCUUCACUUGGUUAUCUAAAAUUUGACGAUGCUUACAAACUUUGGGCUUUUAUUGCCAAGUUCCUGGAUGCAGAUUUUGUUGAGAAGGAGAGGUGGAGAUACAUGGCUCUCAACCAAAAAAUGAUUGAGGUUUAAAUGAGAACACAACUUGUCCAUGUUUGACUGAGAUUUCUGCUGGAGGUUUUCCAAUACAACAUUCAAAAUUCUUUCAGCAUAGAACCAUUCAUGCGUUAGACUAUGUAAUGCUGAUGUUUUAUUCGAAAUAAUGUCAGCCAUUCAUUUAUUCUUUGUCAAAAAAGUGCACUUGUUAUAUCAAUGACCACCAAUACAACUGAAUUACAUGCACCACAAGAUUUUUUUAUUUUGUGCGGAGUCAUUUAAGGUUGAAGAGGACUGGUUAAAGUAUACAAAAUUUUAUUGCUGAUAGGAUGUUCUGUGCCCUAGAAAAAUUUUGUUGAUGUUGUCGGCUAUUCAUUUAUUCCUUGUGAAAUAAGUGCACUUGUUAUAUCAA